CCAAGUGUCCGAGGUUUCGUAAGUGUGUGAAACACGUCCGGCAGCUACAUCUGCAGAUGUCACGACGGAUAUGAGCUGAAAACACAUCAACGGGAAAUAUCACUGCACAGAUAAGAAGAAUCUUUUUAUUUGCUAUGACAAGCCAGGCCACAAGAAAUGCAAGUGUAAAGCGAGUGUUGAUGGGAAGGGUUACGACUGUAAAACUGUUGUUAAAGUCACCAUUGAGCCUGCGAGACCAGUCGAAGUGACUCUCAGUCCAACCACCAUCUCCAAAACAACAGGUGCCAUGACAACCAACUCUCCGAAAACCACCACCAGAACAUUCCCAGUCUCCACAACUACAGUCAAUCCCGCCACUGCUGUUGCCAUGACAACUGCUCCUCCAACAAGCACUGGGACAUCAGCGACUGUCGCCAUGACAACUGUUGCUCCAACAAGCACUGGGACAUCAGCAACUGUCGCCAUGACAACUGCUACUGCGACAUCAGCGACUGCCGCCAUGACAACUGCUACUCCAACUAGCACUGUAACAUCAGCGACUGUCGCCAUGACAACUGUUGCUCCAACAAGUACUGUGACAUCAGCGACUGUCGCCAUGACAACUGCUGCUCCAACAACCACUGUGACCCCCGCUGUAACAGUUGCCAUGACUACAGCAGCAGCUACAACCACAACUCUCACAACAACUGUCGCUGACACCACACAUCCACCUACAGAGCGCUCUCCAGCUACAACCAUCCCCAUGGCAACAACAGCCGUGCCUGUAGCCACCACAUCCCUGACAACAGCAAGAAGUACAACCACACUGGACAACCGCAUCCACAGAGACACGUCGAAGCCCAGAGGAGACGUUCACAUUCCACGAUAUGGACACAAUCUGUUUGACUGGGACUUUGAUGUUGAGCUGGGAAACACAGCAGAAUACACAGGCGACGAUCCAGGGGCUGGUGCCGUGAGCUGCACGUUUGAUGAAGGUUUGUGUGUUUGGAUGUCAGAUUCAGGAGAUCUUCGCUGGAACAUCAAAGAAGAUCCUGCAGGUGGACAAUACCUGACAGUACCAGACGCUACCAGCAGACGGAGCGUCAGAGGGGCGCGGCUUACACUGCCACUGGCUCCGCCCAUGAAGGCGUGGAGGAGCAGUCAACUCUGUUUGUCAUUCAGACACCGCCUUCAUGGACACCACAUUGGCUCUCUGCAAGUGUUUGUCAGGAAGGGGCGGAGUCACAGCCCAUCUGUCUGGACCAGUACUGGAGGACACGGCUGGAGACACACCCAAAUCACACUCUGGGGGCGGGGUCUUGAUGAUAUUGUGUUGAAGGGUGAAAGACGACGAGGGAAACAUGGAGAGAUCGCUGUGGACGAUCUCGGUCUGAGGAGAGGAGCCUGUGCCGCAGACUGACACGCGUACACCCUCCUUAGACUUCGAUGGGUUUUUAUACACAACGAGUGUAGUUAUCAACACUAUAACCUAACCCUUAACAGAAAUCUGUCCGGAUUUUCACCAUUAAAACACAGAACUUAACUUACUAGAUUUAUAAUGUUUUAUUAAAAGGAGGACAUCCCCAUAGAGAGGUUUUACUCAGGGUUGUCGGGUUUUGCUCACUUUUGGGCACGAAAUAUGAUUAAGUAAACAAAACACGGCACAUGUUGGGCUUUGAUGUUUUAUCAGGACCUUCCAUAGACAUAAUGACUUUUAUACAUGGUUUUAUAUUUUUGGUGUAUAAAAUGAAACUCUUUAACAGACAGUAAUAUUUCAGAUGCGAGCUGGGUGUAUUCUCUGGUGUUUGUGGAGGUGUGUGUUCUAAUCUGCUGGUCAGUCUUUUAUUUAAUAAGACUUUUAUACUGUAUUUUGUUGUUUAAAAUUGUGUUUUAAACAGUGUUGGGUGUAACUAGUUACUAAGUAAUUAGUUACUGUAAUUUAAUUACUUUCCCUUGAAAAAGUAAAGUAAGGGAUUACUCUUAUUUUUCUGUACUAAAUACUAAAUACUGUGUAAUAUAUUCAAUAGUGGAAACGACAUGCAAGUCUAACUUUAAUAUGUAUGCUUUAAUGUGUCCUUCUCACAUUUGUAUACUUUAGUCAGUUAAUAAGAAUAAUUUAUGUAGUUAUUGAUUAUUUAUUUUAAUGAAUUAAACAAUCCCUUUCAUGUCUGUCCUUGAAUCAAUUCUAAUCAAGGUUGAUGUAGGAUAUAGAAAGUCAUUAUUAAUAAGUAAUUAAAUACUUUUUGGAGAGAGUCAUUUGUACAGUAAUCUAAUUACACUAUUGAAUAUGUCAUUAGUAACUAGUAAUGAAUUACUUUUCAGAGGAACUCACCCAACACUGGUUAAACCAACACCUCACAGCACAUGUCUGUUUUACUUCCUCUCUCUCUCUCUAAAGCAGGUGUGCUUCACAUGUCUUGUGACAGAUAAAUGGCACCUGAAGGACACUGAGCUCACGUGUGUGUGUGUGUGUGUGUGUGUGUGUGUGUGUGUGUGUGUGUGUGUGUGUGUGGCACUUUAGCGCCUCCUGGAGGCUGUGCAGGUGCAUCACACACUGACUGAUCUCAGCACAGCUCUCACUGGGUAUUUCUGCACUGAACAGUGUACAUGUUCUUUCUGUGUCUGUACAAAACUAUUUCCCACAAUGCACUGCAGUGUAUUCCACUUGAGAUGAAUAAACUGAUUCAAAUGAUCAGCAUGAAC